AGACAGAUAUAACCAGACGGAUCCGGAAAGAACACAUAUUGUACAGCCGAAACAGCGCACACCUUCCCGGCUGAUCCCCAUCCGAUCCCAGAGAUCCAAGAUAUCCAAGAGAUCCCAGAGAUCCAAGAUAUCCAAGAGAUCCAAGAUAUCCAAGAGAUCCCAGAGAUCCAAGAGCUAGUGCUAGAGCAGUGACCAACAUGGAUAAUUGGAAUGUUUUGGCAGCGCAAACCUCUUCGCAGGCCAUCGGACUACACGACUCGGGCGUGGUGAAGACCCGACUGACCAUCGAGAAGCUGCCCGACAAGGUGCUGCUGCACAUCUUCUCGUACCUGUCGCACCGCGAGAUCUGCCGCCUGGCGCGGAUCUGCCGUCGAUGGCGCCAGAUUGCCUACGACACGCGCCUCUGGAAGAACGUCAGCCUGCGGCCGGAGGUCUCGGGUCUGCACGUGGGCUCCCUGGAGAUGCUGCUGCAGCUGAUCUCGGUGAGAUUUGGGCCGACGCUGCGCUACAUCGAGCUGCCCAUCGAGCUGAUCACGCACACCGUGCUCCACGAGCUGUCCGCCAAGUGUCCCAAUCUGACGCACAUGCUGCUGGACUUCUCCACAGCCAUGCAACUGCACGACUUCAGCGAGAUGCAGGCGUUUCCCACCAAGCUGCGCUACAUGUGCGUCUGCCUGUCGGAGGUGAUCUUCAUGGAGGGCUUCAUGCGCAAGAUCUACAACUUCAUCAACGGCCUGGAGGUGCUGCACCUGAUCGGCACCUACGAGAAGUGCGAGGAGGAGGAGGAGGAGAUCUACGAGGUGAUCAACGUGCACAAGCUCAAGUCGGCCACGCCCAAUCUGCGUGUGAUCAAUCUGUAUGGCAUCAACUUCAUCGACGACUCGCAUAUCGACGCCUUCAGCUCCAACUGCAUCCAGCUGGAGUGCCUGGCCGUCAACUUCUGCAACAAGGUGACCGGCUCCACCCUGAAGACCCUCAUCCAGCGCUCCAAGCGCCUCACCUGCCUGCUGAUGAACGGCACCAGUUUGAAGUCCGAGUUCGUCAUGCAGGCCGAGUGGGACAAGUGCGCCCUGCAGGAGCUGGACAUCACGGCCACGGAUCUGUCGCCCGAGUGCCUCGUGGACAUGCUGACCAGGAUACCCAGCCUCAAGUUCCUGUCGGCCGGCCAGAUCAAUGGCUUCAACGACGGCGUUCUCAAGCAGUGGAUGGAGUCGGGCACCACCAGAUCGCUUAUUUCGCUGGACCUGGACUCCUCGGACAACAUCUCGGAUGAGGGCCUGCUGAAGUUCAUACAGCGCCAGGGUCACCAGCUGAGCGCCUGCUGCCUCUCGGGCAUGCCGCACAUCACCGACCAGCUGUGGAUGAGCAUCCUGCCCCUGCUGGGCAACUGCAAGAUCAUUGUCAUGGGCACGGCGGAGAAGCUGGGCGUCAACAUCCACGUGGACCAGCUGAUGGACACCAUUGCCUCGAACUGCGGCAACUUGGAGCGCCUGGAGCUGCGCUGGGAUCCGGACAACCUGCGCUUCUCCGACAAGAGCCAAAAGGCCAUCGAUAUUCUGCGCGUCAAGUGCCUCAAGCUGCGCUGCAUGGUGCUCAGCGAUGGUCGCUACUACGAGACGGUGAAGGCGAACUUCGAGCGCGCCGAUCGCAUCACCGUGGUGCGCACCACCACCUGUUGCCGCGUGUCGCCCUACCACCUGCUGCGCAACUACAACGACUUGAUUUUCAACUGAGCAAGUGGGCUGAACUGCCAAGCUUCGGAGCUGAAAGGCAAAAGAGUUGAUUGGAGCUCUGGAGGGGAAGAGAAGGCAAUGAAGGCAAUGGAAUGGAAUGACCCACACUUGUAGUCAAAAGGCGGCACCAGCCGUGUUGUUUCUGUGUGUUUUCGCUUACAUUAGACUGUUUUAAUGUUUUCUGUAUUUUCCGCUUCUUUCGUUUAAUUACUUUAAAUCUAAAUAAACGUACAUAGGUAAUUUAAAUAAAAAAACAAAACAAGGA